AUUUUAUUUAUUUAUUAUUGUUAUUAUAGUCAUCCUUUAUGAUUCAUCGAGUUCAAGCACAUCUUUCAACUCUCAAAGGAUCAGAACUCAAGUCUUUGGCUCUAUCUUGUGGUGUGACGUUAACAGGGACUAAAGCAACAUUGGUGAAUCGACUUGGUACUCAUUUUGAACAACUUCUUCAUCUUGGAAAACCAACAACAACCACAACAACAACAAAAAAUAUAGUUUUGGAUGUUGACCGAUUAUUACCAAGCUCUGUGCUUUCUUUUGAUAUGGGAUAUAGGAACCUAGCGUUUGUGCAAGUUUCAAAAGAACGACACAUCAAGGCAUGGCAAGUAGUGGAUCUGGCAUUAGAGAACUUUCAUCCCUCCAGUAUGGCACCAGUGGUUCGACAAUUUGUAUACGACAAUAUCCGACCUUUAUCUCCACUGGAGCAUAUUCUAAUAGAACAACAACGUGCUAGAAGUAAUGGUAGUCAUGGUAUUUUUGAACAUACGUUACGCGUCAAUACUGUGGAGGCCUUGUUAUGGUGUAGCUUACAAGAAUGUUUAACAACAACCACGAUGGAACCUAUUCUUCGACGACCUGUGGAUCAACUUUGGCAAGAUGGUUUAGAAUCUUUAUGGUCAACUAACAAUGGCUCUGAAAAGAAAAUGAACAAGAAGCAUGCUUCGAUUCUCUUGGUACAACAUUGGUUGGAUCAACAAACUGUAUCUUGUCCUGAUGAUCUUGCUCAUAUGUUUAGGCUUGCAAAGAAAAAGGAUGAUCUUAGUGAUUGCUUAAUGCAGGCAUUAGCUUGGUAUCAAUGGCGGGAAAAUGCGAUCAACUAUCUUACCAGUCUUCAAUAGUAGUGGAUUAGAAAUUGUAUUGUAGAUUAUUCUUAUUUGUAUUAUAGGUUAA